UUUGUAUAUUAAAAAAUUAUAGAAAUUAUAUAUUAAUAAUCUAUAUGUUAAGACGAAUCAAACAAGAUCACACAUGACUAUUUUUAGGCUUACACAUUGAGAGAAUUUGAUGAGUCAAAGUGCUUAGAUGAACAGUUCCAAAAGUCAAAUGUGGACAAAGACAGUGGGACGGAGGUAGUAGCCGGGAGGAUUUUCACCUUUCAUUCCCGGGUUAUACCCACAAUCCUUGCCCCAAACUAAUAUCAUCCGCCCGAUCUCUCCAACAAAUCUGAUCGGAGAGAUGGACAAAGCUGGUCCGUCCCGGUCCCGAAGGUCACGCACGCAGAUCACGCCUGAUGGUGAUGUGCGAUCAGUCCAUAGCAGGGAUGAGGAUUGGGAUGUACCCCAGGCACAAAAGAAGCUGAAGGGAAAAGCUAUUCAACCUGAAGGGUCCAGGAGAGAGGACGAGCGACCUGGUCGGACCAGGCGCACGGAACCUCCCCACCGCGAAGAGCCCCAACAUAGCCGGGCACCCCAUGGAGAAGAAGAAGCAGAGAGCCACCCUAGGCACACGAUCCGCUCCCAUGUUGAACAACCCCGGGAUCGUGUGGGCCGGGUCGAAGCACGUUUGGAGAAGCUGCAGCGCCGGGUGGACCGGGAUGAAAAGAAGAAAAUCCUGUUGAACAAAUCUCCGUUCACAGACCGGGUUCACGAGACCCCAUUUCCGAAGAAAGCAAAGUUGGAGGUCCCGAAGUUUACCGGGAAGGAGGACCCGGAAAUACAUGUCAAAACCCUUCAUCAAAGUGGAAGGAUGAUGGGCCUUUCUGGGGACGAAAAAUGUUUACUGUUCUUCCAAACCCUCCGCGGCCGAGCCGCUGAGUGGUUUCAUAACCUACCGGCCGGUGAGAUCGAUUCUUUCAAUGAGCUGGCCGAGAGGGAGCACGAGGAUUUAACGAAAUUCCUCACCCGAUGGAAGGAUGAAGUUGAUAAAGUUGAGGAGAUGGACGACAAAACCGCCAUGUCCCUCCUGAUGUCCGGACUCCGGUCCGGAGAAUUGUAUAAAGAAUUCUCCAGGAGACCUCCCCAAUCCUACCAAGAGGCCUACAACACGGCCUGGGAUUAUGCUGACGCCGAAGCACAGGUGUCAUCCAAGAGGGAAGCCGAGCAGGGCCAUUCCAAAGGAAAAAUUUCCUUGAAAAAGGAAAUUGAAGAGCCCGGGAGGGCGAAGGUGGAAGUCAUGGAGGUAAAACCGGUCAAAACGGAAAAGAAACCGGCCGGCGAAAAGCAAUGGACGAAGAAGUAUUGCUCUUUCCAUAAAACUGACUCCCAUAACACUGCGGAAUGCAAUAGUGUGAAGGGGGUAAUCAAGCAGAUGAUUGAAGCCGGCGAGCUCGACCCAGGGUAUUUGGCUCAAUCAAAACAAAAGAAAAACCAAUGGAUCAGGCCUGAAGGGAAGCCGGUCGAACAGAAUAAGAAGAAUAAAGCACCCGGUAAAGAGCAUUUGCAGGUCAUCUACGGUGGGCCAGAAGGAGGAGAUUCCGCAUCUCAAAGGAAGAAGUGGGGACGGGAGCUCUAUGUUGGCACGGUUGCCCUAGAUCCCCAAAGGAAACAAACCAGAAGGGAACCAAUCACGUUUACUGACCGAGACCUCCCCGCUAUCGGAGAAGAUCACAAUGACCCCCUGGUCAUAACUAUGGACAUGGGUGGAGUCGAUGUCUCCCGGGUACUCGUUGACACGGGCAGUAGUGUCAACGUUUUGUACUUGGAUGCAUUUGAAAAGCUCAAGUUGUGUCGGACACGGCUUGAGCCCUUAAAGACUCCCCUGUCCGGGUUCACCGGGGACUCUGUUGAAGCUGAAGGGUCAAUCCUUCUGACUUGUGAGUUGGGCACAAGAGACCAGGUCGUCCAAAAACAAAUGAGGUUUGUGGUAGUGAACAUCAAAUGUGUUCACAACGCCAUCCUAGGCCGGCCUGGAAUAAACAAGGUCCGUGGAGUCAUCUCCAUGGCCCACCUCUGCAUGAAGUUCUAUACCCCGGGUGGUAUCGGACAAGUGAGAGGAGACCAAAAGAAGGCCCGGUCUUGUUACUUGGAGGCCGUAAAGAAAAUGACCAAGGCAUUUGAGAGGGUUACCUUGGUUUCCCAGGAAGAAGAGCGGUCAAAACUGGAGCCGUGUGAUGAGACCGAGCAGAUUGUUCUCCGGGAGGCUUUCCCGGAAAGGAUGGUGCGAAUUGGUCGGGAUCUGCCCGGGGGACUUCGAGAAGAAAUCAUCUCAAUCCUUCGGGAAUAUGCAGAGAUUUUCGCCUGGAGUGUUGCGGACAUGCCAGGCAUAGACCGUUCUGUCAUAUGCCACCGUUUGGCUGUGAUGGAAGACGGCCAGAGGCCUAUUUACUAUGUGAGCAAAGCACUUAAUGGGGCAGAGAGUUGGUACACGGCCAUUGAAAAAAAAGCUUACGCACUUUUCAUAACGGCCAAGAAACUGACCGCGUAUUUCCAAGCUCACACUGUGAAAGUACUAACCGAUCAGCCUCUUGGACCGGUCCUUCGAAAUUCAACCUCCUCGGGAAGAUUGAUUAAGUGGGCGAUGAUUCUCACUCAGUUCAAAAUAGAGUAUAAACCAAGGGCCGCAAUCAAGGGUCAAGCCUUGGCAGACUUCCUCGUUGAACUGACCGGAUUAGAGCCCGAAGCCGGACCUUCCCAUACGGUCGAACCGUGGUGGGAUAUGGCCGUUGAUGGGGCCUCUGGACCGAAGGGAUGCGAAGCCGGCGUAGUCUUCACUGCCCUGGAAGGAUUCAAGAUCUACCAUGCCCUAAUUUUUAACUUCAAACUCACCAACAAUGAGGCGGAAUAUGCUUUCAAAGUUGACGCAAGCUUGCCCGGAGAUGUGUCAAAGUUGGCAAAAAUUGAGAUACUGGACGUGCCGAGCGCAGACCGGUUUGAAGUGGCGGCUAUCCACCCGGGCCAGACUUCAGCAAACGGGAUAAUCGGAGUAGAUGAUGACUGGAGGUACGAUCUCAUGGAGUAUCUGGAGACCGGUCAGAAACCAGAUGACGAGGAACGGGCCAGGAAGGUGGUCCUGAGGGCCCCUCGUUUUCAGGUAAUCGAUGGUCACCUGUACAAGUGGGCCAUUGGCGGACCUCUCCUACGCUGCCUUACCAACCCGAAGGCUGAACGGGUAAUAGCUGAGGUACGUGAGGGGGUUUGUGCAGCCCAUCAAAUGUCCCGCACUUUGGCUCAAAGGAUAACAUUGCUUGGCUACUACUGGCCGACCAUUGUUGGGGACUGUGAGCGAGUGACUUCAAGGAGAGCAACUGGAGAGACUCCUUUCGUGCUCACCUACGGAUGUGAAGCCCGGCUACCAGUAGAGGCAGAAAUUCCAACAUUUAGAGAAACCGUGUACCAGCCCGGUCAGAAUGAGGUCGACCACCUAGCUGAAUUGAACCUGGUGGAAGAACGAAGGACAAUAGCGGCUGUCAAGAUGGCUGGUUACCAGCAGUCAGUAAAGAGGUAUCAUGACAACCGGGUGGGCCCACGAUACUUCCAAGUGCACGAUGAAGUUUUACGCAGGAGGGAUGCUAGUAAGCCUAACGAGAGGGGCAAGCUGGUGCGUAACUGGGAAGGGCCCUACCGCGUAAAAGCAAUUGUCAAACCGGGCACUUAUCAACUAGAGACUAUGGAAGGUGGACGAGUCGACCGACAUUGGAACUCUCACCACUUGCGUAAAUUUUUUAGAUAAAGUGUAAUGAGUCCCCGGUUAUCGAUAAAAACUUGUUCUUUUCAGAAAGAUUGUUCUCACAUAUCAGCCGGUAAUAGGUCGCACACCGAUCUGCCCUGUUAGAUGUCCAAUCGAAUUGGGCAUCUUAAAAAAAAAAUCGGUCGAACCGAUCAUACCCCUCAUCCGUACGAACACGGGAAUUAAAACGAUUUGGCUUGACUAAAGGGAGAUCAUCCUG